CAAGUAAUGUCUUCUACAAGAAAAAUUCGAAAUGGUGUAAAAAAGCGCCCUCAUGACGCCGACGCUUAACGCGCAAUGUUUGUGCCUCGUGCGCAUGUGCACCUCAGUAAUCCCGAUUCCAAGAGAUUAUGGUUUUCCCGAAGACCAUCCAGACGAAACGUAAUACAACGAAAAUUGAAAUGGUACGAAUGUGUGCGCAUGCCCUGUUUGAUGCCUACUCUGGUAGGAACAGCAAUAGGAGUUUUGAUUUUAAUCAGUGGGGCUCUUAUGAGUUUUAUCGGAUAUAAUCCCAGUGCGUUUCUAGGGAUACCCGAGGAAGACAGAUCCAGGCGCUUCAGGAGUAACGUGACCGAAACUACCGCAGUUUCUGUUGAGGGGUUAAAGGUUUUAGCGUACGUGGGGCCAGUGUUUAUGGGUGUAGGGUUCUUUGUCAUGAUCAUCGCCGUUGUAUUGUACUGUGAAAUUAAAGAAAAGUACGUGUGUAACAUUCUACCUCAGCACAAUGUCAAUGUCAAACAAGUCCAAAAGGAUGUUUUGUACGACAUGAUCAUCGACGAAUUCAGAAAAAAUUACUUCAGAGGAAUUCAAGUUCCCAUCCAGAAACGGACAAAAAGACAGAAGUCGGUGGAGGAAAGAUACCCGACUUUGUUUAAAGCUCUUAGCAUCAGUACGCCUGCACUUAUCAUCACACCUGAAAUCCAACGGAAGUGGAAGAACAGCUGUGAAGCUUCACCGAACCCGAGUCGAUCGCGAAGGAGGAAAUAUAUCUAUGACACAUGGUUAAAGACUUCGUCACUCCCGAAUAUUCGCGCACGCACCGGACAACGACAAGCGCUGCGCAACGAAAGACGUGUUCACAGACGGGCGGUUUUUCAGGAUCGUCUUUCCAAGAGUUGUGAUCACCAUGACAUGCAAAGUAAAUCUGUGGAUACGGAGAAAGAUGAUCGGGGAUCGUGUUUUGAUAACCCUGCUUAUAGGACUUCUCCCCCGCAGGAGAAAUUACCCCCACAAAUUCAGGUAAGUCCUCCUUCGACUCCUGAUGCUCUGGGAGCUGAUCUCGCCAACAUCUCGGUACACGUUGAUUAUCACGAGAUUCCUAACGGGAAAAUUGUUCAUUCUGUGUCGUGUGAUACAACAGACGACAGUUGUCGAACGUUCUCAAAUGAUCACAUUUCAUCCUCGAAAAGUUUUACAAGCGACCUCUCGCGGUCAGAUACGCGAGGGUUUACCAUGAAGAGGAAAUUGUAUCCUCAAAGUUGCAUUGAUCUCUGUGAUGAGGACAGCAGUGAUAAGCACGUGCUGGUGACACUUGACAAUGUGUCCGCUCAGAAAAACCUCCAAUGCCAAACUCAGAUCAAAACGGGAAGGAAGGGCGUGUUUAUCCGCAACAAUAAGCCCGGACCGUAUAAAACUCUGAUAGGGGUCUUUAGGAGCGAGUCAUGUUUAGACCGCAUUAAAAAAUUCACGAAGCCAAACAGCGACAAAGACAACGAUUCAUUAGAUUCCUUCACGCUGACCGAGGAUGUCCUUAGAAACUUUGAAAUGGCCGAGCUCUCCUAGCUAGAAUUUCCUCGGACCUUUUAUAC